UUCUGAAAUUUUAUUAUGAUGCUAAAACAAUAGUGUCUCGCAAAAAAUGGUUUUCGUAAACAUUUUAUAGUUUUAUCGUUUCACGAUUUAAUUUACCUAAUAAAUACUUUUGAUAAUGACAUGAGAAUACUUUUAAAUCUUAUUUUAAAGCUAUUUCAGCCCCAAAGAUUGAAGUUUAUUAAAAUUAAAAAUUUUCUUUUUGAAGAUUACUAUAUAGCAGCGGUUCUUACUCCCUGGGGGUCCGCAAUACUCAUUUCAGGAGUCCGCGGCAGCCUUAACACCUAACAUAACUCAAUACGUGACAUGAGUGCAUUAUUACAAUAUUUUUGGAUUAUUUUUUUUUUCAUAUAAAAUUAUAAAAUAUAUAUUGUAAGUCUUACAAUACCUUCCGUGACCUAUGUUAUCUUUAUUACACCAAUGACAAUGUGGAAUUUCGAUACCAUUAAGUAUCUAAACCUAUUAAUUAUAUUAUUAAUAUUUAUUUAUCAGUUUUUCUUGUUCAUUCAAAUUGUACAGGCAUACAGCACUUUAGUCAGCAGUCGUAUAUUUACUACCAAUAAGUGCAGUUGAUCUGUUUUAUACCUACAUAAUUUAUGAUUAAUACGUGAUAUUUUUUCAAAUCAUCUUAAAGACAUUUAAGUUAAAAUGAAACGUUGGCUACAUUUAAAAAGGAAGAAUUCUGACGUUGAUGAUGAAAAGACUGUGUAUGAAAAAAAAAAGUCAACAAAACUUCAUAAGUAUGAUAGUAAUUAUUUAUCAAUGGGCUUUACGUGCAACGGAUUUGAAGAAGAACCAAAACCUCAAUGUGUGACUGUACCAGAUAUAAGUAGAAAUUGGAUUCAACAACCUUUUUAAAUUGAUAUUCAUCAAAUAAAUGGACAUCAUUGGAAGAAGACAGCCUUGUAGAAAUGUCUACAGAUACUAGUUUAAAAAUUCAAUUCAAUCAAAAGUCAUUAGACAAUUUUUGGUUGCAUGUUCGAAAGGAUUAUCCACAAUUAUCGAGAAAGCUCUAAAAGUUUAGAUUCCAUUCCCCACAACUUAUUUAUGUGAAAAAGCCUUUUCUGCCCUCGUUUAUAUUAAGAAUAAGUUUUGAAACCGAAUAGAAAACGUAGAAUCUGAACUACGAUUAAAGCUUUCGAGUAUUGAACCCGAUGUUCAAAAACUCGUAACUGAAUUUCAACAUCAAUCAUCGCAUUAAGACUUAAUAAUUAAGUAAAUAAAAAUUAAGUUUUAAGAAUAUUAAGAAUAAAAUAAUUUAUAUUACAAUUUUUUUUCAAAUUUAAGUGUUUA